AUGUCUCCCGAAACGACGGGCCUCAUCAUCGAUACUACGCGCGAAACACGCACUCCCACUUCGCAACCGCCAGCGCAUCAGCAGCCCCGAGGGGCUCCAGUCCAUCAAAUUCUUUCUAUACAGACUCCGGCGACCGUCCAGAGCGGUUCGCUCUGGCGGAACCCAUGCAUCGAAGGCACACUGGCGGGCAACUAUCGAGUAGGGCCGGACUACAAUGUCGAUUACUCCCCGCAAGAGUCGCAUCCGGGCGAGCAGAGCCAGACUCCACACGCAUACGACACGCAUCAUCACCAAGGAAAUCCAAUGCAGCACGCGGGACACAGGAGCUUACAUGAACCAUCACAGUCGCACUCUCACCACGCCAUGUCGCAGCAUCAUCCGGCCCAUCAUCACCCGAUCCUAAUGGAUCCGGGGCAUCUCGGGCCCCGACACAUGGGUCAUCAGCCUUCACAUUACGGACCGACACCGUCGCCUCAUGCUGUUGUCGGCCCGCCGCUGUAUCCGGCGAUGACGCCAACGCAGCCUCCUCAUAGCGCUGGAUCGAAGCGCAGUCGCCCGGACGAUCUUGACUUGUCUGUUCCUGGCAUGUCUGAACUCGAUCAAGGCGAACUUGACAGUAUGCAGUCUAUGGGUGCUGCAUAUGCGCAAGCUGCCGGGGCAGCUCCGACACAUCACCAUCAUCGCCUACCAGAUCAAGGGCCACCUUCGAAGAUGAUGAGGCGCGACGGAGACGGAAGCAUGGGGUCGGCAGGAGGCGGUGCUCCGAGUGUGGUAGGACAGGUUGGAAUGCCGGCACCAGCGCCGAGGCCAAGGGGGCCAAAGCUUAAAUUUACGCCGGAAGACGACGCAUUACUCAUUGAUUUGAAGGAAAACAAAAGCUUAACAUGGAAACAAAUUGCCGACUUCUUCCCGGGUCGUUCGUCCGGCACUCUGCAAGUCCGAUAUUGUACGAAGCUCAAGGCAAAGACGACACAAUGGACGGACGAGACGGACCAAAAGCUUCGAACGGCGCUUCAAGAUUACGAAAACGAAAAGUGGCGCUUUGUUUCCAACAAAGUCGGGCCAGGUUUUACGCCCCAAGCCUGCCGAGAACGAGCUACGCAACUCAUGGGAGGAGAUACCGGAGAAGUCGGGGAGGAGAACUUAUAG